AUGCGAAUACCUCGUCGUUUGCCGGCUCUGGGCAAGGAACUGGCAGACAUCUCCCUCGACCCCAUUCGUUCGGCGGAGGGAGGCUACGUCGCGAAAGCCGGCGUAGAAGUCCUUACGUCCUACAAUCUACUGAGGGAACUCAGGGGAGAAGGAGCGAUGGUGGUGCCUGGGUUCCCGCCCAUCUGGGACCUCGACAAUAUGACCACGGAUGUCAAACCCGAUAAAGGGAGAUACGUGACGGACCCCGCACGGGCUCGGUUUCCUCGGUUUCCUCUGGAGCCGUUGUUCCGGGCAUUGCGGAUCAUGAAGCCGGCGAUGAAAUUGAACGAGAUCGACGUGAUCUCCGAUCGGCGCAAUCUCCGCGAGUUAAUGAACUCAACGGCUGGCACAAAUCCGCAGAGGCCUUGCCGCGUCGGGAUACGAGUUGUAAAAAACACAAUAUUGUUAUCCCGUGAGGUGAACCCAAAGACAUUUGUUGUACGUCGCAACUCCGAUGAAUGGGGCUAUGAGUUUGAAAAGGCGUAUACCCGCCAACCGUUUUUCCUCAAGAAUAGCGAAACUCACCAUCGGGCCAUUAGCUAUACGCUAGGGGAUGUCAGGACCAUUGUCCGAUACGAGGUCGAUGGCUGCAUUGCCUCUGAAAAAAUGCUUUACAACCAACCGCCUGCAUCCAAGGCUGGAAGAACUUCAAGGGGUGACCCAAUCCUCCAAUGGGGGAGGUUUGUCGAUCCGUCACGAAUUGUUGAGAUAAAAACGGGAUCCCGGAGAACGAGGUUCUACACCGGGCAGAUUCUAGAACAGCUUUGGCUUGGUGACACACCCUUUCUCUGUGCUGGGAGACACACCGAUUCCGGCUUGUUUACAAGAAUCACUCAAGAGAAUUGUAUAGAAUCGGGAAAGCUCAGGGUGUGGGAGGAACGCAACCAGGACAAAUUGAAGAGGUUUGCCGCAUUACUUCGACUCAUUGUGGAUACGGUGCGUUCAGCAUCAUGCGAAAGCUGCGCGCUAGUUGUAUUGGGAGAUCGAUUGAAAUUCUUUGAAGUGCCCAACCCUCAUGAGAGAGUUCCUAUCGAUUUGGAGUCUAUGUGGAACUAG